AUGUUGGCGGGCCUUUGUUUAAUGCAUGAGGUUAACGUAGCGCAGAAUCCACAUCUGUUAGGCCUACCUCUUCCCACUCCACACGACUCCAGCCACAACUCCCGUGGUGGACGCGAGCGACAAGAGCGAGUGCGUGAGCCCUUCGCCAGGACAGAAGUUCCACCUGCGCCCAUUUUUUUGUCAAGAUACGGGCGAAUUAGGAACCACAUGGUCAGGAACACCAGCCUCCAUCACGCAACGUCUCUACAACAAUUCAACAGUCGCGUCAACAUCUGGCUUCUCAACCAGCGCGUGUGUCUGGAGCCCGACGUGUUCCCGACGGCCUACUGCCUCGUCUACUCCUUCGGGAUUGGCCAUGACUUCACGUUCGAAGUGGCCAUGUCCAAGUUUGGAUGCGACGUCUACGCCUUCGACAGCGAUCGCUUCCACGCUCAUUACCCGACCUACAUAGGCGACAGACUGACCUUCUACAAAGCGCGGAUUGGAACGACCUUCAUGCGACAGACGGUGUUCCGUUCCGACGUCCCUGGAGACAGAGGUUUCAUGGUGGAAUAUUGGCCUCUGUCGGCUCUCCUGCGUCGCCUCGGCCACCGCAGCCACCACCUCUUCUAUCUCAAGCUUGAUAUCGAGGGAGAUGAGUGGGAGGUCCUCGAAAAGUCGCUUUUUAAGACCCGCAUCCUGGAGCGCGUGCAACAGCUGGCCCUUGAAAUCCACUUCGAGGACCUGAGGGCGAACGGGACGAGAAGCUCCAGCCAGGAAUUGAUCCGAAGCAUUGAGCGAUAUUUAAGAGUAGCGGACGGUCUGCGGGCGAGAGGAUUCCGCCUGGCUCAGUGGGAGCCUAAUUUCAAAGGUCCCGAAUUAAGCUGCCUUGAGGGCCUCUGUUACCACGUGUAUUCUGAGACUCUGUGGCUUAAUCCGAGUUACAGGAGGCUCUCGACCAGCCCUGGUAUUGUGAUGCCUCCUCCCCGUCUGUGAUUCUUUCUUUUUUUUUAAGUCGUUUUUUUCAAAAGUAGGCGUUGGAGGAGGAGAUAUAGUUGGGAGUUUUUAUCAUAGAGUGUUUUAAACGUUUGUUAUAUGAUUGUUUACGUUCACGUUAGCUAUUUUCUCACAUGUAUCUGAUUUUAAGAAAUGGUAGAGAUUGGGGAAUUUGAUGGCAUAAGAAGUGGUAGAGAUUGGGGAAUUUGACGGCAUAAGAAGCACAUUUCUUUCAGAUGUUGAACUCAAAACUCAGCAACCGACUAAAUGAUAAGGCUCGGAAUAAAGUUUAAGAUUUUAUA